GUAAAAUAAAACAUCUGUCUUCGUCUACACCGGCCGUCCUUCUCACCAACUGAUUGGUUGAAAGGCAGAAAACGUCACGAGCGAGUUUAAAUUUUAAAACAGCUGCUUUGUCGAGGUGGUUGCCGUUGGAUUUAAGCUAACAAUGGAGACAGUGGGAGAUCAUCUGAAGCUGAUGGUAAAAACCUUCAGGAGGGAAUGCCACCGGGUUUUACAGUCUGAGAGGACCACGAUUCAUGGUGCAGACAACAUGCUGGUAGUGCUGCAGCUAGCCAUGGCUGAAGUCAAUAAACAGCACCGAGGAGAGUUCAAAGUGCCUCUGAGUGAUGUUCUGAUGGCCUGGAAACACUUACUGCUCAGCAAACUUCACCUGCAGCCUCCGGACUUUGCACGCAUGGAGAAUUAUGAUCUCAUCCUGGAAGAGUACCAAUCAUUCCUGAAACGCUCCAACACUGUGGACCUGGUUGAUGUGCUCUUCAUGUACAAACAGCUGAGAUUAGUGGACUCUGAUCCAGAAGAGCCCGUGAGCCCGCUCCAGCUGUUUCACUUCCUGUCAGGCAACACGGAAGUCCCAGAAAUACCAGACUCUUCCUCAGUUCCAUCCAGUCAAUCAACCCCAUCUAGCAGAGGCCGGUCCUGCAAAUCACAGGUAAAAAUGACUGUGCGAAGGAUUUUCUGCUCCUAUCUGAAUCUCCUCAUUAAUUCCAAGAACGACUUGGCCCUGGCUCUGACACUCGACGUCCCCUGUCGUACAUUGGGACGUCAGGCAUUCACGGACAUAAAACACAAAGCCCGUGACACUUCUCUCUUCCUGGCAGUCACGUCUUUCGUGAGGGCCAUUCAGCUCGGAGGAAAAGGCUACGCUCCCGCCGAGUCUGACCCCCUGAGGAAACACAUCAAGGGACUGUCUGACUUUGUCCACUUCCUUGACAACCUAGAAGAAAUUCUGGGGGAGACCCCGGACCCAAGUGCGUGUGGAUCCAAGCUGGUGAUGGCCAUCAGGGCUCUGCUGGUGAAGGGGCGCAGCAGUGGAGACGCAGUGUAUGCUGCGGUUGAAGAGGUAGCCAACGAACUGAGAGAGAGGAUCUCCCACAUCUACCAAGUACAGAAACAACCGGCCGGCGUAAACGGAACGGGAAUUAGCCCCGCCAGGCCUAAAGCGUACGCGUUGAAUCACAACACUGCAUUCGGAGGCCGGGACACGGUGAAGGUGCUGGUGGCCCUGCUGGACCAGGAGGCCCUGACGCCGCCAUCUCGGAACAAGGCGGACCUUCUGUCCGAGGAGCAGCCCGUCAUCAAUGGAACUGAGGGAACAAGUGUCGUCACGUUGUUUAGAUCUCCUGAAGUAUCCACUGGAUGUUCGCCGCAACCCCUGAAGAGUCGCGUCCAGAGCCGACUGGACCUGCUCAAACCCAAGGCCAGGGACCGGACCGUCCGCUCUCAGUUUGCCUGUACGUACAACGAUGAGGAACUGCCACUCAGUCGUGUGCUGGACUUCCCCAGCACCAGUCAGGUUCCAACCUGCGUGCACCCCGCACCUAAACGCGGAGCCUCGCGGGUUGUCGACGAGUCAGAAGACUUGGACGCAGCCAAGUCGACCUCUGAAUGUCCAAAUAAGGAGCCCAGUGGCAGACAGCAGGGAGCCGCUCUGGAGCCAAGGAGUGGAAAUGCCCAAAACAGGGGUGCAGGCGCGGGCGGCAGGAAGAAAACUUGUGCAGAGAGCAAGAGCAACAAAAGGAAGCAGGUGGAAUCGGACAAUAGUGAAGAAUCUCAGAACCAGCCUCCAGAGAAGAAACGACCCAAAAGUGCCUCGGUGAAGACCGCUAGUAAGGCACAGAACAAGAAGAAGCUAAUAGCAGGUCAGGGGAAGCUGACCAGCUUCUUCAGGGUCUGAACAGGAUUUUGACUUUUAUUGUUACACAGCAGUCUGUCGACUGCUUUCUCCUUCCUUUUUGAUAAAUUAAUUAAAUUUUGCGUAGCACACGUCAAGAAAUGUAAACAUUUCCUGCGCUAAACUCAGCUCACAGGCUGCUAGCCUCCAAUAACAAUCUAUACAAGUUAAACAUUUAUAUUUGAUAUCAAUUAAAAAAAAAAAACAAGGUUCCAAAAA